AUGUCGUCCGACUCAAAGACACCUUCCAAGUCGAUCUUCGCAAAUCCGCCAGUCAAGAUCAACGUGGGCAGUGACGAGCGCGUUUAUUAUGUUCACCGUGGAACACUCGAGGUCCACCCCGCAUUCGAUGCCCGACUAAAGGCGUCAACUGACGAAUACGAAGAAGCGAUUGAUUGGAGCGGUUUUGAUGAGCAGACCGUUGAUUGUGUACUCGGCUUCCUUUACACUGGAGGCUAUCAGGCACCUCGAGCGACUUCUGUGGCAGUUGAGGAAGAUGAGGCAGAUGCGGGGGAGGAGGCCCCAGCGCAAGACGGACAAGAAGAACAAGAAGAACAAGAAGUAGAUGAGGCGGAGGAAGCGGAUGAAGAAAACGAGCCAACAUCCCCACCUGACAGCCCACAGUCACAACCUUCAUGGCCACACUCACCAACUCCAAUAUUUCCUCCGCGUGCAAGGUCACUGUCACCAGUUGCAGAGUCGUCUAUAGCUCCAGACUCGCCACCAUCCCAAGCCCUAUCAGAGUUCGACCUAAAUGACCGGCCCUUGACUCCUUUAGAAUACUGCGAUGGGGUCACUCUCGCCACAGAGCAUGCUUCGGCUCAAAAGCUCUCAGAUAACGGAAGGCAAGACCAAGACCAAGAAGAAGAGCCAGAACAAGGAGCCGAGGGAAACACUGCUGCUGAGAUUUAUCUUCACGCCAAAGUCUAUUCCUUCGCACGCCAACUCGAAUUCGCGAAAUUGGAACAAUUCGCCCUGAACCGUCUGGCACAGGUCCUUGUUGCCCUGGAGCAAACAGACAAAGUCCUAUUCCCGUACUUGGUGGAUGCAAUCCGACUGAUCUAUAAAACGACCAGUACUGUUGAUAAUGCGAGGAACUUGCUAUCUCAGUUUGUGGCGCUGCGGUACGCCACGCUGGUUGGUGAGGAUUUGGAUGAACUUAUCACAGAGGGAGGAGAGUUUGUGGUCGAUUUGUCGCAUAAGCUUGCUCGGAAGCUGACAACCAUCGCAUUGGCGUUUAAGAGAGUUGAAUAUCUUACUCAUAGGAAUGAGGAGUUGAAAGCAGAGAGUGCGGAGAAAGAUAAAGAGCUGAAGACUUUGAGAGAGGAGGUUAGGCAUGGACCAGCACAGGGAUUCCCUGCUUUCACCUAUCAGAUUUGA